UCGUGUGUUGUUUAUUCUUCGUACAAUGAAGUGAAGUACAGAAAACAUGACACGUUAAUAGCGAAGCACCAUGCUUAAGAAAAAAUGGUAAACCAUCGAGUUGAUUUUUCAUGGCUUGGCUGACGUCACUUCCGUCCGUCCGUCCGUGUAUCCCGCUUGAUGUGAAAGCAAAACUACUCACAAAUGUGGCUCUCAAUAGCACAGAUAAAAGCGGUUUAGUACAAGUUAUAGACCAAAACAAUUUUCAAAAAAACUUUCAUGUAGUCAAAGAUGGAUCCAUAAGUGUUCUUCAAGAAUUCAGAUACCUGGCAAAGAGUGUCACAAGAUAGAUACGUGUUCUUGUAUCAUGGACGAUGGUACAGGGAUAAUUAGCCUGCAUGCUAUCGAUAAUGAAGAUGGAACACCUAGGUUUACAGGAAUCCCAGACACAGUGAUACCAAUCUACACAUUUGACUGGAACCCUUGUACUCCUCUUAAGACUGAAGGACCAUGUCAAGGCAGUAAUGCUUGUCAGCAUACACCAGAUCUGUUUCCUGUUGGAAAGCCUAAUACAACUUUCUCUGUCAAUCCUGAUGGUACGGUACUGAUAACCUAUGAAAAAGUGACUUAUGAAGAUCAUGGCAGGAAGCUUCAGGUGACACUAAAAUGUGAUGCAACAGAAAAAGGCUCCUUUGUGGAUGGGAUAUCAGAAUAUGGUGUAGGUACAGAAAGUAUAUAUGUUGGAACGUUCACAUCAAGAUGUGCUUGCCCUGACGUAUGCCCAAUGUACGAGUCUGUUGACCUUAAAAAAUAGCCGCAUCAAACGGUUUAUUGAGAAAGACCAUUGGCGUCUGGCUUCGUUAUCUUUGCAUAUGUGUUUUAAGGGCUUUUGGUAUAGGGAAGACUUUUUGUGCGAUUAUUGUACGUAUGAGUUCAAUUGCUGAACUUUUGCAACAUAUUAUAACUAGUUUGUUGUCUUGAAGGUUUUGAAUAAAUCUUUUGGGUUUAAACA